AUGCGUUAUUCGCUUCGAUUGCGAAACGUAUUCAGAAAAAGACACGCGAAGAGCACUUUAAUUAAUUUAGAAAAACUAAGAAAAAAGUUAGAAACGAUAAAAAAUAUCUUUCCAAAUAUAAAUCCUACUGAUAAUAUUCCAGAAGAAUUUUAUGAUAAACUAAUGAAUGUAGUAGAACUAUUUGUAGUGGAUUCGAAAACUGGAUUUUUUCCUUUAUCUAAUCCAUACACGGAUGAAGAUUUACAGAAAAAAUGGAAAAGACAGAAAGAAAUAAAGGGUAAUUAUUUACAACAUAUUAAUUUCACGUGUUCCUACCAACACGAAUCCUCUAGUUUGGCUGCAUGGGGAAAUUCUUCCAAUCUUCCCGCGAAUUUGAGAAAGAUUGCCGACGUAGAUAUCGCUAAAUACACGCAAGACAACUGGGAGGAAUUGAGACACGAAUGGGGACCUUACGCCAAAAGAGACACUCUCUGUUUGGGAGCUUGUUUGAUAAAAUACAACCAAGUCACGAAAGAAGUUGUAAACCAGAAUAUGUCCAAUAAUCUAACGGCACCAUCUUUAUCUUUAAAGGGUUGGUAUUAUUUAUAUCAUUACGAUAAAGAAAUGGUGGAAGAAGAAUGGUUCAGAAAUGGUUUCUGUCACGACGUUUUAACAUCGGUCGAUAUUCAAGAAAUAGUGAAAGCCGGUGGACGAAUUAUUAGAAUAUUAGAUGGUAUAGUUUACGAAGAAAAUUUUAAAACUCCACCCUAUAGAGAUUAUAUUUUAAUUUUGAGAGAUUUAAGAAAUAAAUAUAAACGAGAAGGUAAUAUCGUGGGUAGUAAUUGCAUGAAAUUAUUAGGUAAUUCCUUGUAUGGUAAAUCAAUUCAGAAAGAUAUAUUCACAACUAGACAUUUAUGGAAUGAAGCAACUUUACAGGCCAACUUUUGA